AUGAUUAUGUUUCCUCAUUUUGGGAAGAUUUCUCUGUGUAUUUUGAUAUUUGUCCUGAUAGAAGGAAGCCAUCCAUCAUUAACAGCACAAGCCUCCUUAUCUUUAGAAGAGAUCCAAGAACCCAAGAGUACAGUUUCUUUUCUCCAGACUGACUCAGAAUCCACAGAUUCUUCUCUAUCUGCUAAAAAGAAACAGCCUCUGGACAACAGAGAAACUGAGAGACAUUGGUUGCUCAGAAGAAAGAGAUCGACUUUAUUUCCUAAUGGUGUGAAAACUUGCCCAGAUGAAAGUGUUACAGAGGCUGUGGCAAACCACGUGAAAUAUUUUAAAGUCCGAGUAUGCCAGGAAGCUGUCUGGGAAGCCUUCAGGACUUUUUGGGAUCGACUUCCUGGGCGUGAGGAAUAUCAUUAUUGGAUGAAUUUGUGUGAGGAUGGAAUCACGACCAUAUUUGAAAUGGGCACACAUUUUAGUCAGUCUGUGGAACACAGAAGCUUAAUUAUGCAGAAACUGACAUAUGCAAAGGAGACCGUAAGUGGCUCUGAAUUGUCAUCUCCAGCUCCUGUUGGUGACAUGUCAACGCUGGGAGAUGCUGGUCUCAACGCUCCGUAUCCAGGGGUGACCUCCUAUGAAGGGAUCUCAGAGAGCAGCUUGGAGAGGCCAGAAGACAGUAUUAGCAAUGAAAUUGAGACUGUGAUGGAAGAAUCCACAAAACCAGCCACUGAGCAGGUUGCAGAAUUCAGUAUCCACCUUUUGGGGGAACAGUACAAUGAAGAACUACAGGAUUCCUCCAGCUUUCACCACCAGCGCCUUGUAGAAGACUUUAUUUCAGAGGUGGAAAAUGCAUUUACUGGGUUACCAGGCUACAAGGACAUUCGUGUACUUGACUUUAGGUCCCCUAAGGAAAACGGCAGUGGCAUAGAUGUUCACUAUGCGGUUACCUUCAAUGGGGAGGCUAUCAGCAAUACCACCUGGGACCUAAUUAGCCUGCAUUCCAACAAGGUGGAAAACCAUGGUCUUGUAGAAUUGGAUGAUAAGCCCACCGCUGUUUAUACAAUCAGUAACUUCAGAGAUUACAUUGCUGAGACACUGCACCAGAAUUUUUUGCUGGGGAGCUCUUCUUUGAAUCCAGAUCCUGACUCCCUUCAGCUUAUCAAAGUGAGAGGGGUUUUACUUCCCCAAAGUGAAGACCGAGUUUGGAACACUCAAAGUUCAAGUCUUCAGCAAGCCCUGCCGUCUAUUCUGGAUAAUACCCCUCAAGCUGAAUGGCCCUCAGCAGAUGAAUCCACCAUGAGCAGCAUUUCACCACUUGGUUUCAGCUCCGGCCUUCCUUCAGCCACUGGCAGGGAGCUCUGGUCAGAAAGCCCUUCGGGUGAUUUAGUGUCUACACCCAAGUUAGCCUUUCCCUCGAAGGUGAGCCUCAGUCCUUCCCCAGAGGUUUUAGAUGUUAGCGGCUUGACUCUUCAUUCUGUCACCCCAGCAGUGCUUCACACUGACCUGCCUGUGGCUUCUGAAGAAAGGACUUCUGGGUCUCACGCAUUAGAAGAUGGAUUAACGAAAGUUGAAGGGUCAGAAGAUUUUCUUUCUGUUAAUCCAUUGCCUUCAAGUCCAUUUACAUAUCCUGUGCCAAAAGAAACGCCACGAUCCAUGGAAGACUCUGGGGUAUCUUCGCCAUCCUCACCACAUCCAGUCUCCUCUGUCACAUUUGAUCCUCUUGCUAAAGAAGUAACUACACCGUUUGGCAUGGACUCUUUGGCCUCCAAAGUCAAAGACCAAUUGGAAGUGAGCACUUGGAUGCCAGACACAACUAUGGAAAAAGAGUUCAUGUUUGAAAGCGGUUUGGGUUCAGGGUCUGGGCAAAAGGUAGACCUGAUUACUUGGCCGUGGAGUGAGACUUCAUUCGAGAACAGCACUGAACCAUUGUCCAAGUCGUGGCUUGAAGCUGAGGAUUCACUUUUGCUAAAUGAGGGUAUAGAUGUGAAACUAGUUAUAGAUGACAAAAUAGAUUCUGCAGAUCAACCCACUGAGCAUUCAGAAUAUGGGCCUUUUGAUGGGUCCACAAACUUUGCAGAAGAUGAGCCCCUUGGUGGACCUACUGUGUCCCUCUUUGCAGAGACCACAACUCAAUCUGCAUCUCCAAUUCUACCCAGGCACACAUCAGAAAUACCCGACAUUGAUUAUUACUCAGUUACCAAACCACCUCCUCUGCUGACAUUUGUGGCAGUCUCUGCUUCUACUGAUAAAGCAGAUCAAGUGGAACCCUUUCUAAAGGAGGAUAUGGAGCAGACUACAGAGUCAUUUAACCGUGAAUGGAUUGACAGCAGGAUUUCAGUAGUGAAGUCAGAUACGCAGCCUUUGAGGACCACCGUGCCAGAGUCAGAUGUCAUUUGGGCAAGAACUUCUCCCUUAGGGAAACUGUCCAGAGACACAUUGGCAAGCACACCACAGAGUACUGACAAGCUCUGGUUGAAAGCUUCCAUGACACAGUCUACCAAAUUGUCUCCAGCCAUAAGUUCCACCCUGCUGGAAGAUGAAGUCAUUAUGGGUGUACAGGAUAUUUCAUUAGAGUUGGACCAGAUAGGCACAGAUUACUAUCAGCCUGAGCCAAUCCCUGAGGAAAGUGGCGUGGUUGGUAGUUAUGUGGAAAUGUCUACAAAUAUUCACUCCACAGAGAUGGCUGUUGUGGCUCAACCCACAAGAAGUGAUGACUUGAGUCAUACCCAAGCCGUAGGAGCUGUGGUGGUUUUCUUCAGCCUCAGAGUGACUAACAUGAUGUUUUCAGAAGAUCUGUUUAAUAAAAACUCUUUGGAGUAUAAAGCCCUGGAGCAAAGAUUCUUAGAACUGCUGGUUCCCUAUCUCCAAUCAAAUCUCACUGGAUUCCAGAAUUUAGAAAUCCUGAACUUCAGAAAUGGCAGUGUUGUGGUGAACAGCCGAAUGAAGUUCACCAGGUCUGUCCUUCCUAACGUCACCAGUGCUGUCUACGUGAUUCUGGAAGACUUUUGCACUACUGCCUACCAAACCAUGAACUUGGCUAUUGACAAAUACUCCCUUGAUGUGGAAUCAGGUGAUCAAGCUAACCCUUGCAAGUUUCAAGCAUGCAAUGAAUUUUCUGAGUGUUUGGUCAAUCCCUGGAGUGGAGAGGCGGAGUGCAGAUGCUACCCUGGGUACCUGAGUGUGGAAGAGCUGCCCUGUCAGAGUCUCUGUGACCUACAGCCCAACUUCUGCUUGAAUGAUGGGAAGUGCGACAUCAUGCCUGGACAUGGGGCCAUUUGUAGGUGCCGGGUGGGUGAGAACUGGUGGUAUCGUGGCGAGCACUGCGAAGAGUUUGUGUCUGAGCCCUUGGUGAUCGGCGUCGCCAUCGCCUCCAUGGUUGGACUUGUCCUCGUGUCUUCUGCUGUGGUCUUCUUCAUCAUCAAGGCUCUUCAAGCGCAGUAUGUUAGGAGGGGAAGAGAGAGACCCUCCAGCAGGCAGUCUGAUGGCCUCUCAUCCGUAGAAAGUGCCGUGAAGCACAACCCUGUGUUUGAAAGUUACGAGGCCGACCUCGAGCGGUAUGAGGGCCCCUACCCUCCGCGGCCCUUCUACAGCUCCGCAGACAGGGAGGUGAUCGCUGGUCUGAGCAGGGAAGAGAUCAGACAGAUGUAUGAGAGCAGUGACCUUUCCAGAGAGGAAAUUCAAGAAAGAAUGAGAAUUUUGGAACUGUAUGCCAGGGAUCCUGAGUUUGCAGCUUUUGUCAGAGAACAUCAAAUUACCUGGUCCUCAUGGCUUGGCUGCUCGCCUCCUCAUACUUUUUAA